AAGUGAAAAUUUGGGUGGAGUGGCAAUAGUAAUAUUCUGUAGCGUCAAUUUACAUUCCAACCUCCGGUUCUUCUGUGUCUCGGUGCUGACGUUUACAUGGAUCUCUGUCUCUUACGCUCUCUUCCUUCCCAAACUCAUGCAUUAGUCCUUCCUCCAUUCAUUUCUAAUCCUUCUCCCAAUUUCCAUUUCUUCAUGUGACUUCCCAUUCCAAUCUCUGCUCUCAGAUCUCCAAUCCGCCAUGGAAAUGGCCUCCACUCCCAAAACCGUCGAGGAAAUUUUCAAAGAUUACAGCGGCCGCCGCGCCGGUCUUGUUCGAGCUCUCGCUCACGAUGUCGAUGAAUUCUAUGGCCUGUGUGAUCCAGAUAAGGAAAAUUUGUGUCUAUAUGGACAUCCCAAUGAAACAUGGGAAGUGGUUCUUCCAGUGGAAGAGGUUCCACCAGAGCUUCCUGAGCCUGCACUUGGAAUUAAUUUUGCAAGAGAUGGCAUGAACCGAAAAGAUUGGCUUUCACUAGUUGCUGUACACAGUGAUUCCUGGUUGCUCUCUGUGGCUUUCUAUCUUGGAGCAAGGCUUAACCGAAAUGAAAGAAAGCGUUUAUUUAGCUUGAUGAAUGAUCUUCCCACUGUCUUUGAAGUUGUGACAGAACGGAAGCCUGCCAAAGAGAGGCCUAGUGUAGAUAGUGGAAGCAGAUCACAAGGAAGUGCAAAGAGAUCCAAUGAUGGACAGGUGAAAAGCAACCCAAAACUUGCUGAUCAGAGUUGCGAGGAGGAUGUUGACGAACAUAGCGAAACCCUCUGUGGUAGCUGUGGUGAAAAUUACAGUGCAGACGAGUUCUGGAUUGGCUGUGACAUCUGCGAAAGGUGGUACCACGGAAAGUGCGUAAAGAUAACGCCUGCUAAGGCUGAUAAUAUCAAACAAUACAAGUGCCCAUCUUGCAGCAUGAAGAAGGGCAGGCAGUAGUAACUAAAAGGAAGACGGGGGGCCGGAAAAGCGUGAUGUCUGGUGAGUUAAGUGACUAAUGAAAGCAUAGUAGCAAUAUUCCUUUCUGUAUGUACGAAUUUGUAGUUAAUAUGUUUAUCUCAUAGGUGUGUGUUGGAUCCUUAAAGUAUAUCACCUUAGUUAAUUAUGCUAGUAUUAGUAUAAAUAUAUUGUUCAAUUUAGGAUGACUUACUCAACAUCCACUGGUCUACUUGUAUUUCAAAUUGUCAUUACAAACAUGAUUCUAUUUUAUCUUAGAAGAAGAAUCCAUCAAAACUGUUGCUUA